GUGUGGAGGGUGCAGCUUUCCAGAGUAGACUUCCACAUGACCGUAUGACAUCUCAAGAAGCUGCCUGCUUCCCUGAUAUAAUCAGUGGGCCACAGCAGACUCAGAAGGUGUUUCUGUACAUCAGGAACCGCACCCUGCAGCUCUGGUUGGAUAACCCAAAGAUUCAGUUGACAUUUGAGGCAACUAUCCAACAAUUAGAAGCACCUUAUAAUAGUGAUACGGUGCUUGUUCACAGAGUACACAGCUAUCUGGAGCGGCAUGGUCUAAUCAACUUUGGUAUCUACAAAAGAGUGAAGCCCCUUCCAACCAAGAAGACCGGAAAGGUGAUCAUUAUCGGUUCUGGAGUCUCUGGGUUGGCAGCAGCUCGCCAGUUGCAGAGUUUUGGAAUGGAUGUCACAGUUCUGGAAGCCAGGGACCGAGUAGGAGGAAGAGUUGCUACCUUUCGCAAAGGGAACUAUGUUGCUGAUCUAGGAGCAAUGGUGGUAACAGGACUUGGAGGAAAUCCCAUGGCUGUGGUCAGCAAACAAGUGAAUAUGGAAUUGGCUAAGAUCAAACAAAAAUGCCCUCUUUAUGAAGCAAAUGGACAAGCU